AUGGCACCUAUAAGACUAACAGAAUCAAGAUCGGCUUUGAAUGAAUCCAACGAGGCAAUAUUUCGAUCUGCGCCUAUGACGUUGGUUCAAUUUUAUGUAACAAUAGAAUUGGCGAGAGAAAUGGUGGGGAUGUUGGGUGAUUUAGGAGCAGUUCAAUUUCGGGAUUUGAACUCUAAACUCACCCCGUUCCAACGGACUUUUAUCAAUGAGUUGAAAUCUAUUGAUACAAUGUUCACUCAGUUGGCAUCCCUUCGAUCAAUAAUGGACAAGUUGGGUACUAUAUCAGGGGAUUUGCAUGUGAAUUUAAGAGCAGAUAUGAGGCCCAUGUCAUCGACGUCAGAAAUGGACCAGUUCAAGGCGAAAUUGAGUGAUUAUCAUGAAAGGAUCAAGCACUUGAAUCAUUCAUAUGGAAACUUGGAUAGUCAAAAAUUAAAAUACAUUGAGAACAGAUAUGUUAUAAAUAUUCUAAACAACUUCCACAGGUCAUUCUUGGUGGAUAACGAACAUGAACAUUUUGGGGAUCCUGACGAUACUGAGCUCGACAGUGAAAUUGCACUUUUAAACACCCAUCAGAAUAACACUUUGGAAUUGGGAAUGGAAGUUCAUAACUGGGAAGAGUCAAAUUUCAACUCAAUUGCUGGAACAAUUGCGAGAGACAAGGUACCAGUUUUGCGGAAUAUAUUGUGGAGACUUUUGCGAGGCAAUUUAUAUUUCCAUGAUAUCCCCAUUGACGAGGAGUUUCCUGUGAAUGAUAAAUCUACCGAAAUGGUUUAUAAAAAUGUGUUUAUCAUCUUUAUUCAUGGUGAUGUUUUACGAUCAAGAGUGCGAAAGAUUAUACAAUCCUUGGAUGGUAUCAUUUUUGACAAUGCGUCGGGAAACUCUGAAGCAAGAAGAGCGACAUUGGAUGAGAUAAACGAUCGUAUUGAAGAAUUGACAAAUGUGGUUGAUAGCACCAAAGAUCAAUUAAUCACAGAAUUGAAGGUUUUUCAAGAACUUUAUCCUGAUUAUUCAUAUAUUGUACAACGAGAGAAGUUGGUGUAUGAAACCUUGAACAAAUUUGAUGAAGAUAGUACAAGAAGGUGCUUAGUUGGAGAAGGGUGGAUUCCAUCUGUUGAUUUUGAAAAAAUACGAGGAGCAUUGAGGAAAUUGGUAAAUGAAAAGACCAGACGUGAUCGUAGAUCCUCCGCUCAAUCCAACGACUCCCUAGAUAUAUCUGUUGAUGCGGAAACUGAUACAUUUGUUAUCGAUGAAAGUGAUCAUGAUAUUUCGGGUAUAGAAUUAGACGACAGUAGUGAAGAGGCCGGAUCGUUGAUUGCAGUGGUGAACAAAUUAACCACCAACAGAACCCCUCCUACGUAUCACAAAACAAACAAGUUUACCGCCGCAUUUCAACUGAUUAUUGAUGCUUAUGGAAUUGCCACUUAUGAGGAAGUUAACCCCGGUUUGGCAACUAUUAUAACAUUCCCCUUUAUGUUUGCUAUCAUGUUUGGUGAUUUGGGUCAUGGGUUUAUUGUAUUGUUGAUGGCGAUAUACUUGAUCAUUAAUGAAGUUUCCUUUGGUGCCAUGCGUAACAAGGAUGAGAUUUUCGAAAUGGCUUUCAAUGGAAGAUACAUUAUCCUAUUGAUGGGUGUUUUUUCCAUGUAUACAGGUUUCAUCUACAAUGAUAUCUUUUCCAAAUCAAUGGCUAUAUUUGAGUCUGGCUGGGAGUAUGUAUUUCCCGAUAACUAUGAUCCUCAAAAGGGCGGAACAUUAAUAGCAACAAAGGUGAAAGGAAAAACGUAUCCAAUUGGUCUCGACUGGGCAUGGCACGGUACAGAAAACAACCUUUUAUUUACAAACUCUUACAAGAUGAAACUAUCGGUUUUGAUGGGAUAUGUCCAUAUGAACUACUCGUUGAUGUUCAGUUUAGUAAACUACCUAUACUUCAAAAGAAGAGUUGAUAUAAUUGGAAAUUUUAUACCUGGUUUUCUUUUCAUGACUAGUAUUUUUGGUUAUUUGGCGUUAACUAUCGUGUACAAGUGGUCAGUUGAUUGGUUGGGUAGUGGUAGACAACCACCUGGGUUAUUGAAUAUGUUGAUCAAUAUGUUUUUAUCACCAGGAACGGUUGAAGAACAAUUGUAUCCUGGUCAAAAGUUUAUUCAAGUGGUUUUGGUUCUUAUUGCACUUAUUUGUGUACCAUGGUUGUUGAUUUAUAAACCAUUGACGUUGAAGAGACAAAAUGACAAAGCAAUAAGACUAGGAUACUCGGACUUACAUUCGCAAAGAAAUCACUCUAUUAUGUUGCAUGAAGAAGAAGCGGCAUUGGAAUUGGAACACGAACUAAAUAAUGACCCAACCGAUGAAGAGCCAGAAACUGAUGAUGAAUUCAGGUUUCCCAAUGAUAUCGAGCCAAUGUUCCAUUCAGCUGCAGCCCAUGGGGAUGACCAUGGAGAAUUCAACUUCGGUGACAUUGUAAUUCAUCAAGUAAUUCACACUAUUGAAUUUUGUUUAAAUUGUGUUAGUCAUACAGCCUCAUAUUUGAGAUUGUGGGCACUCUCAUUAGCCCAUGCACAAUUAUCUACAGUUUUGUGGUCUAUGACCAUUCAAAAUGCAUUUGGUAAAACUGGUGCUGUUGGAAUUAUUGCAACAGUGGUUCUUUUUGCCAUGUGGUUUCUGUUGACUGUAUGUAUUUUGGUUCUUAUGGAAGGUACUUCUGCCAUGUUGCAUUCAUUGAGACUUCAUUGGGUUGAGGCGAUGUCCAAAUUCUUUGAAGGUGAAGGUUAUGCUUAUGAACCGUUCAAUUUCAAGGCUAUAGAUGUAUAA